GGGGGUGUCUGUGGGUAUGUGUGUGAGGGAGUGGGGGUAUCUCUCCAGCAAUCCCAGGCUUAGAAUCGCAUCAAAAUGGCUGGUGUUGGAGAGUUGAAACAGGUCCCACUGCUUGCCCAUGGCUGAGAGUUUGCUGACUAUAGCUGUGGGAAUGGCUGGCACCAGGCCUGCCCAGCCUGCCCAGGCUGAUGGAGACUGCACAGAGCCCAGUACAGAAACGAUUGAGUGUGAGAAGACCUUUUCUGAAGAGCUGAGGAUAGUUCCCUUGCAUCUUUGCCCCGAGCUGAUGGAGACCUGUGCUGAUCUCAUCAAUGAAGAGUGGAAGAGGAGUAAAGCAUCUCGGAUUCACUCUCUCCAGAAAUCCUCAAACAAUUUCCCAGUUUGCCUUGUCUUGCUUAGGCCUCUGAAGAUAGCGGACGGCACCGGGAGUAAAACCAAAAGUCAGUUGGUGGGUCACAGCAAGCUCUCCCGUGUAGUUGGCCAAGCCAGUGGUCUAUUUGUGGAGACAGUGGUUGUUGCGAAGGAGUACCGGGGCAAAGGUUAUGGUAGAAAGUUAAUGGAAUCCACAGAGGCGUAUGCCAAGUUCCGUGGGUUCAAGACUCUGUAUCUUACUACUCACGAUAAGCAAUAUUUCUACUUUCACUUAGGGUACACACUGUGUAAACCAGUGCAGAAUGCAGGAUCUAUGACCACAUUUGUGUCCAUGGAAAUGCUUGAAAGACUGUCUCUAACAUCUACUCAGCCAAAUACUAUUAGUUCCAGUCCUUCAAAAUCAAUAGGAAGAGUGAUUGAUUGUUCUGGGCUUGUAUGCUCUUGUUCUACCACACACUGCAACCCUUCUAACCCCUCAUCUUCCACGUUACAUGGAUGGACCACAUUGCCUCCACUACCUACUCCAUCUCUUUCACAAUCUCUUAGUUUUCCUUCACGACCACCACUUCUUCCACCAUCGUCCCUUUCACCAUCACUGCCUCGUUCACUUUUCUCAUUAUCCCCGGAAAAUGGACUUAACCAUCCAUCAUCCUCCUGCCUUCCCUCACCACCAUCCCAGUCACAUGGAUCAAUGGUGUUUCCAUUCUCAUCUCCUGGGUCACGUUCUUCCCAAUUGCACAAUCAGAUUCAGGCUUCAAAUCUUUGUUUCACAGCCUCUUCCCAAUUAUGGAAAUGCCCUCUGCCACCUCCCCCUCCCCCACCACCUUCCCACAUUUUCUCUUCACAGUUACACAGACCUGCUCUUUCUCCCAAUUUAUACUGUCUUCCCCUGACACCUACCUUUUCACCAUCCCAGUCACAUCCCCUAUCUUCAUCACUUCAGCUUCCCAACUCUCUCUCAGAUUCAAUAACAGGGCUUCCAGCACCUCCACUUUUGCCUGAAUUAAUAUCAACCCCUUCAUCACAGUUCCCCCACUCUCCUGAGCCAUCUAAUAUACCUGGUGAUAUAAAUGCACCAUGGAGAAUAGAAGCUACCCAGAGCUUGUUGGAGACCCCAUACCAAGAUGUCAAGGGACUUCCUGUCUUCUGGAUGAAGAAGAAUAUUUACUUAAUAAAAUCUGCUUAACACGCA